AUGCUCACCAUUCCCUCUGAACUUGGUCGUUUUGUGCUGGAAACCGUCACUUCGAACACCUUUCAGCAAAUAUUUCCUCUCCUCGUCAUCUUUUUGGUCCCGUUCUCGGUCCUAUAUAUCGCUCGGUCAUCGCCAAGGCCGUCGACGAGACUGAGCCCUCUUUUCUAUUCGAUUCUGAUGGUCCUUGAGAGCCUUGGUAUUGCUUUGCCGUGGAACUGGGGAAGUUCUGUAUCCAAUAAUCAUACGCCGAAGAAAAAGAGCAAGAAAAGGGCGAUAAAGUCGGAGAAAUUCGAGCUUGAACCAGGUCAGGAUGCAUGCGCUGUAUGCUAUCCAGGACUUGUCAAUAUUUCGGGUACAUAUUGCUUCAUGAAUUCGACAGUACAGGCUUUAUCAUCUCUGGCAUACCUUCAACCACACAUCUCAGCCAUUCAUGCUAAAGCAGAGGCUUUAGAUGUUCCUACACCCAUUAUUGACGCCCUGCGAGACUUAUUUCAUGCUCUUAACGAUCCUCGCUCAAGACCUUCAUCUAUUCGCCCUUUAGAGCUCAUCUCUGUCCUCUCUUCAGCCGGCCGUGCUAACUCAUUAUUCAACUCUCGAGAACACCAAGACGCUCAGGAGUUGUUCCAGCUUCUGUCCGAAUGCAUCAAAUCUGAAAUUUCUGCCAUCGACAAAGAAAGCGCCCGAGAUCGAGGUCUCGGUGGCCUAUCGCAAGAGGUAGAAACCAAGAUUGGCAAGAGUGUGUUCGAUGGCCUGACGGCGAAUCGAAGGAGUUGUGUUGUCUGCGGGUAUACAGAAGCCGUGAUGCAUUUUCCGUUUGAUAAUUGGCAAUUAACGGUGCCCCGAAUGGCGUCCACAUGUUUGUUGGAGGAUUGUCUUUCCGAAUACACCCGACUGGAGAUUCUGAAGGACUGUAUUUGCCGGAAAUGUUCCAUGACGGCUACUCAUCGGAGGCUCAUGCAGGAGGCAAAAGCUCUCUCGCAGGUUGAAAAUCCGUCUGCAUCCAAGAAACGUAGGUUGAAGGACGUCAAGAAAAUGGCUGCCAAAGUGAAAUCCGCACUCGAUGAAGGCCGGAUCGAGGAUGAAAUCAAGGAUGUACGGAUGGAGAAGGUUAUUAGCCUCUCUACGAAACAGGCAAUGAUAGCAAGACCACCACCUGUCCUUGUACUGCACCUCAACCGUUCAAUGCACUUCACGCAUUACGCCACCAAGAAUAACAUCCGCGUUAUCUUCCCUGAAGUUCUAGAUCUCACGCAAUAUACGACCUCAGGCAAUCUCUCCACCAUACCAACCUCCUCACUGUCUACCCCACCCCCACACCCAAAACGCUCAACAACUCCCACCCCUGAACCCCGCGAUUCAUCAUCCCGCACGAUUUACCGAUUGUCGGCUGUCGUAUGUCACUUUGGCCAGCACUCAUUUGGCCAUUAUAUUUGUUAUCGCCGGAAACCCAAAAGUAGUUCAGGCAAGCCGGAAGAAAAGUGGCGUCCACCGAGGCUAGUCAUCGAGUUGCUGGAUGAAGUUAGUGCUCCAAGUUCUAUCAAACGAGAGCCUGAUGUCGAUGACACUCCGACUGAGGGAGAAGACGCUGAAGGAUUCGAAGAGUAUAUAUGGGACGACGCAGAUCCAUCUACUGCGGCCGGAACAGGUCGAGGGUGGCUUCGAGUUUCGGACGAUUCUGUCACGGAGGUCGGAAUCGAAAGUGUGUUACAGGAAGGAUCGGGAGCGUUCAUGCUCUACUACGAGCGUGCAGUGAUCUCAGGCAUCGUCCAUGCUGGUUUGGCGCACGGCGGUGCCUCUCCGUAUCCACUAAGCAUGAGCAUGGUCAAUGGCCAUGCAAUAAUUGGCAACCCAAACCCGGUAAUGAAUGGUUACCCUGUUGGUGUUGGUGUCGGCACGCCUCUCAAUUCUGAAGAGACGCUGAAGCCGCAACGGACGAUGACGAUGAUGAUGAAUGGUAAUGGAAGUCUUGGAUCGCUGUUUAGCAUGGAUGAGAAAGGCCGAGACCGCGAUAUGAUGUCCUUGUCAUCCAUGUCAACAAGUGGAUCACCGCCUGUGGUUGGCCCCAGGGUGGUAAGAAGCGUCGAUGCGGGGAGGAGAAGGAGCCAUAGUGCUGCCCCAGGUACAUCGGAGAAAAAUUCAUUGUCAUCGUCCUUGUCCCCGGUACCUUAUGCUUCAUCGUCGUCAUCGAUGUUGCCUCCUGCGAGUUCGCCGUCUUUAAUAAUGUCGCCUUCUCGACCUAUUGCGGUGCCUCAUGUUAGUGCAAGGCCCAAAGUAGAAGAUAUUGAUCGAUUUGAUGAAGUAGAGAGGGAUUAUGACGAUGAUACGUCUUCUUCGUUGUCGACCAACAGCAACCGGCCGAGCAUCAAUGGCUUCAACACUCAUAACGUCCAUUAUAAUAACAACUCCCUCAACUCAUCUUUAUCCUCACUAUCUUCUGCUCCGGCUCUCAUGUCGAAGACGCGAAAUCACCAAAUGUCCAUGUCUAAUACGUCUCUUGCAUCAAUGACAUCGAUAACGAGUACGACGAGCUCUGGAUCGUCUGCGGUUUCGGUACCGAGCUCGUCUGUAUCAUCGACGUCAACGGGCUCUGCUGGGUCAACGGGUUCUACAAGAAGAGGAAGAGGAAGAUCCGCACAUAAACCAGGAGGACCAAAAGGACGUUCGCCGCAGUCGAGACAUCCGCCGUUGCAGUCUUCACCUAUGGUUGGGUUGAAAGCAUAG